AUGGUGAACUAUGCCCGAGUAGGACGAAGCCAGAGGAAACUCUGGUGGAGGUCCGUAGCGGUUCUGACGUGCAAAUCGAUCGUCAAACUUGGGUAUAGGGGCGAAAGACUAAUCGAACCAUCUAGUAGCUGGUUCCCUCCGAAGUUUCCCUCAGGAUAG